CGUUGUGCACAAAUCCCUUCUCCUCUCUUCACCAACAUUCUCUCGGACUUUCAGCUUCGACAACCACCAACCUCGACACAACCUCACCACCCACUCUACGGGACUCACGGCUCUAAACGUCACACACGACGCCAUCAACAAAAACUUAGACUUAGCUCUUAGCUCGACACUUCCCCACCACCAACUAACCAACAAAACAAAAAUCACCAACAAAAUGUUCUCCAAGACCGCUGUUGUUGCCUUCGCCGCCUUGGCCGGUUCCGUCUCGGCCGCUCCCAUCGAGAUCAGCGCCAACGUCGCCGACCCCGCUUCGAUCGACGUCGCUGCCCCCGCCGGUUGGGCUUCGGGUUACCUCGAGGACUACGAGACCUUCCGAGUCCGAUACAUCGCCGUUGGCUGUGACUACCACGUCGGUCAGCCCGCUGGUUCCAGCAAGGCCGAGUACUACGAGACUUGCUGCCACCCCAUCUUGGCCAACCAGACCUUGGCCGAGGUCAGGCCCGCCUACUGUCUCCCCUCGGACUCUGUCAGUGCCGAGAUCGAGUCGAUCGUCGCUACCGCCACUUGGGUCAAGGAGGCCGCCGUCACCGAGUUCGUCGGUGCCGCUUCCUCGGUCGCUGCUGGUGUUGCCAACAUCACCUCGGCUGCUGGCGAGAACUUGAGCUCGGUCACCUACACCGACGCCAAGGAGACCGCCACCUUGGCCGUUCUCACCGGUUCCAACGCCCCUGCUGCCACCGCUGCCCCUGCCGCCGCCUCGAGCUCUACGCAGGAGGCCGUCGCUUCGUCCUCUUCCACCGAGGAGGCCGCUUCCUCGACCUACGAGGCUCCCGCUUCGACUUCGUCCACCUACGAGGCCCCCACCUCGACCUCGGUCUACGUCGCUCCUACCCCUACUUCCACCUACGUUGCUCCCACCACCUCCGAGGCCCCUGCUCCUGCUGCCACCACCGCCGAGACCCAGAACACUGCCUCGACCGGAGGUGACGUUCACUACGGCCAGGCUACUUUCUUCUAUCAAAAUGGAGUUUCUGGCGCCUGCGGACAGGUGAACUCGGACAGCACUCCUCUCGUCGCUCUUCCCGCACAAUAUUGGUCUUGGAACGGAGGGGCCAGCCCCAGUAAAUAUUGUGGGCAAUACAUUCAGGUCACCCGAGGAGACAGGAGCGUCAACGCUUUGGUUGCUGAUCUCUGCCCCAGCUGCGUCGGUGCCGACUCCAUCGACCUCUCCUCCGGUGCCUUCAACCAGAUCGCUUCUCCCGAUGAAGGCUCGGUCUCCAUCUCCUGGAAGUUCAUCUAAGCCAUUCGACACCUCCCACCGAAUGCAACUCUUCCCCCCCUCAAAAGGCAACUCUUAACGACCCUUGACGAUGCUGGCAUCACCACGCUCUUUCAAUCCUAUCAUCUUUCAUAAAUACUUUUUGGGUCUCUAGGGGUUUUGCUGUAUCCAUACGAAAAUAUCCUCAUAAAU